GUCAUUUUACAUGGUGUAUUUUCACGUAAAAAAAGAUCUUGCCACACUCUUCCUUUAUUGUGACUUUUAACAGCUGACUUUUGUAUUUAUUUCCAAUUGUGAAAUUAACGGGAUUUCAUUGUAUCUUUUAAAAAUGCUGGAAGCUCGUUUAGGAGAAACUUUGCUGCUGAAGAAGAUCGUGGAGGCGCUGAAGGAAAUUAUAUCCCAAGGAACCCUGGACUGCAGCGAUACUGGCUUUCAGCUACAAUCCAUGGACAAUUCCCAUGUGUCGCUCGUGGCGUUGUGCUUGCAAAGAGAUUGCUUCGAGAAGUUUCGUUGCGAUCGCAACGUCUCCCUGGGACUGGACCUCAAAUCCCUGGCCAAGGUACUCAAGUGUGCCAACAGCGACGAUAGGGUCACAAUUAGCGCUUCCGACAGUCCUAGCAAGGUGCUCCUCAAUUUCAAUUCAAAAGAAAGUGAGCGGAGCGCGGAAUAUGAAUUAAAAUUACUCGAUUUGGAUGAAGAUCAUUUGGGCAUUCCUGAUACCGACUACACCUGCACCAUCCAGAUGCCUUCAACCGAGUUUGCCCACAUCUGCCGGGACAUGAGCAUGUUCAGCGAGUCGGUGACGAUAGAGUGUUCCAAGCAAGGCGUUAAAUUCUCUGCAAGCGGCGACUUGGGAUCAGCCAAUAUAAAACUGAGUGAAGGUGGCAAAAUGAAUGUGAACAUCCAGGUGGAGGAUCAACUUGUCCAGACCUUCGCCGGCCGCUAUCUAAAUACCUUCACAAAGGCCACACCACUUGCGGAGCGCGUGAAGAUUUGCUUAUCUGCGGAGGUGCCGCUGCUGGUGGAGUACCCCAUCGAGGAUUUUGGAUACAUUCGUUACUACCUUGCGCCGAAGGUGGACGAUGCUGACGUGUAAUAUAUCUCUUAAUUGUAAUGUUUAUAGG